AGUACAAUACACCAUAAUUCACUUAUAAUUCGCCGGCGAGCAAGGGUUAGUACGUGCUAUAGUACGUCCCAUGCAGCCUAUGCCCGGUCCCAUUGCAAAUUUCGCUCUCCGUGUUCCUCCUUAGUAUCCUCCCUGUAUCCUACUAUACAUGACCAUACUCGAGGCCGUUACAGCUCGCUAUGCUGUUGGAAACGCAUACUUGUUAUUAAAUGUCGAGAAAUGAGCGGAGUGACAACUGCGCAGCCUGUUUUACCUACUGUUUGACCAUCAAGUUUAUCCAUCCAGAGCUCCAUUGCGCGUAUCCAAUAGGGCAGGCUCGGUUCGCGCAUGGCAUCGGCCAUCGUGUCACUGAUAUCAGGCUUUUGGUUGUGAGCAACUACACACACAGAAUCAUAUUAUGCUUAAGACGUUGCCUAUGUUGCGUCUAUGUUGCCUCUCGCCACUGCACUGUGCCACCGACGCAUUGACACGGCAUGACCACCGGCCACCAGCACCCGCCGGCGACCCCCACACCCUCGCCCCCCGCCCCCCUGGCGUAUUUUGCGCCGUACUGAGACCCAGGAGAGGCGUACUAGUACUCAGUACGUACUACGUGGCGGUUUUUGAGGUGUUUGUUUUCUGUUUUUCUUCUCUUUUCUUCUCUUCUUGCCCUGUCAGGGUUCUGGUCUCGGGGACCAGGCUGCUUUCGGGCAGUAGGGGGGCAGCGCGUCUGCCCCUGUUCAACCUUGUAAGGAUGAUUCCUCAAAAAAAAAAUAAGCUGGACACUCCAGGAAGAUGUGCGUUAGGCUGGCCCACGCCCGCGGGCCAGGUGGCCCGCAGGCGGGCCGCGCGGACCGCCGCGGCCCCUCACCCGACUGCUGGGACGGGGACGCAUACGACUGCAGUUCUCUCGCCGGCGUGUUCUGCAGCCCGGCUGCCGCAGAGGGCAGCACCGCCUCACCACCCCUGUGGGUCAUCCAGCUGCAGCCACUGACGUCCUUUCUGAGGCGGCAGGUGGAGCAAGGGGCACUGUGCACGCCCCUGUUACCCAGCGGCGAGCAGGCGCCACCGGCUGCCCACCACGCUGACGACACGACCCUCACGGCGCGCGACCCGGCGGUGGACGGGCCGGUCCUGAUGGCGGCAGUACAGCUGUUCUGCCGCGCGUCCAACGCCCGUGUCCAUCCGGACAAGAGCAAGGCCAUGGGCCUUGGCAGGUUUGCGCACCUUUUUUUUUUUUAAAGUCAUCCUUACAAGGUUGUGGUGGUAGACGCACUACCACCCUACUGCCAAAGCAGCCUGGAUCAUAUCACAGAACCUCGAUAGGGCCAGAGAUCAGAGAAGAGAAGAGAAGUUUUCGUUCCACCACACACCUACUGGAAACCUCAACAGCCAGGUGACACCACACACCUACUGGAGUUCUCAACACCUAGGUGACAACUACAGCCACUGCCAUGACCACACAGAUCAUCUAGAGCUCUCCAGUUGACAGGCCCAGAGCUCCACUUGAAUCUUGGAUCUUGAACUUGAAAGCUCUCCAGUUGCAGGCCCAGAGCUCCAGCCUUGUACCCCAGAGACUCCCUGCACCACAGGGGGGGUCUACACACCACCAAGGUGUGGAUGGGUUUUGGUAAACCAGGGCCCUUCCUGGUGGGGUGACCGGGAUUUGAACAUAACAUUCUAAAUGGUUAAGACACUCAAGCCGAUUUCGUUAAGGCUUCGAGAGAUCCUGGGUUCGAAUCCCGGUCACCCCACCAGGAAGGGCCCUGGUUUACCAAAACCCAUCCACACCUUGGUGGUGUGUAGACCCUCCCUGUGGUGCAGGGAGUCUCUGGGGUACAAGGCUGGAGCUCUGGGCCUGCAACUAACUGGAGAGCUUUCAAGUUCAAGAUCCAAGAUUCAAGUGGAGCUCUGGGCCUGUCAACUGGAGAGCUCUAGAUGAUCUGUGUGGUCAUGGCAGUGGCUGUAGUUGUCACCUAGCUGUUGAGAACUCCAGUAGGUGUGUGGUGUCACCUGGCUGUUGAGGUCUCCAGUAGGUGUGUGGUGGAACAAACUUCUCUUCUCUUCUCUGAUCUCUGGCCCUAUCGAGGUUCUGUAUUAUGAUCCAGGCUGCCUUGGCAGUAGGGUGGUAGUGCGUCUACCACCGCAACCUUGUAAGGAUGACUUUUA